GAAAUUACCCACAAAAAAUUACCUGUGGACUUUGGCAGACUAGGACAGAACUUCUGAGAACACACUGUGUGAAUGUUCCAAAGAAGGCAAUCAAUCUGAAAAGACCCACAUGGGAGCAGUUUAUUUGGGCACUGGUCGGUGAUUUUAUCUUGGACUUAAAUAUUUCAGUCACAUGGAGAUACUGGCAAGUGUCUAGCAUGCCUUGGACAUUACUCUUCCUGGUCGGGUCAGUUCAUAAGGUGGCCUACCUGACUGCGGAUGGGGGGGUCGCAUACAGAAGCUGCUGUCUGUGGCUACAUCUCUCUGCCAAAAUCUUUUGAAAUUUGGCACGGUAUUCAGAAGUCCUUGGAAAGAAAAAAAAAAAAAAAAAAAAAACUUGUCCUGGCUUCGGCUUCCAACUACGAAGACAGACUUGCUUCUUUUCAACGGUUUUCACAGAUCUGGUGACCCACGCUCUGAAGCCAGAAUUAGCUAACUUUCACAAACAUCUGGAAAAAUGAAGACAUGGUUAAAAAUUGUAUUUGGAGUUGCCACUUCUGCCGUGCUUGCUUUAUUGGUGAUGUGCAUUGUCUUACGUCCUUCAAGAGUCCAUAACUCUGAAGAAAGUACAACAAGAGCACUCACACUAAAAGAUAUUUUAAAUGGAACAUUUUCUUAUAAAACAUUUUUUCCAAACUGGAUUUCAGGACAAGAAUAUCUUCAUCAAUCUGCAGAUAAUAAUAUAGUGUUUUAUAAUAUUGAAACAGGAGAAUCAUAUACCAUUUUGAGUAAUAGCACCAUGAAAAGUGUGAACGCAUCAAAUUAUGGCUUGUCCCCGGAUCGGCAAUUUGCAUACCUAGAAAGUGAUUAUUCAAAGCUUUGGAGAUACUCUUACACAGCAACAUAUCACAUCUAUGACCUUAGGAAUGGAGAAUUUGUAAGAAGAAAUGAGCUUCCUCAUCCAAUUCAAUAUAUAUGCUGGUCACCUGUGGGGAGCAAAUUAGCAUAUGUUUAUCAAAACAAUAUCUAUUUGAAACAAAGACCAGGAGAUCCACCUUUUCAAGUUACAUACAAUGGGAAAGAAAAUAAAAUAUUUAAUGGAAUCCCAGACUGGGUUUAUGAAGAGGAAAUGCUUGCUACAAAAUAUGCUCUCUGGUGGUCUCCUAAUGGAAAAUUCUUGGCAUAUGCAGAAUUUAAUGAUACAGAUAUACCAGUUAUUGCCUAUUCCUAUUAUGGUGAUGAACAGUAUCCUAGAACCAUAAAUAUCCCAUAUCCAAAGGCUGGGGCUAAGAAUCCUAUUGUUCGGAUAUUUAUUAUCGAUACCACUUAUCCUGAGCACACAGGUCCUAGAGAAGUGCCAGUUCCAGCAAUAAUAGCUUCGAGUGAUUAUUAUUUCAGUUGGCUCACAUGGGUUACUGAUGAACGAAUAUGUUUGCAGUGGCUAAAAAGAGUCCAGAAUGUUUCAGUCUUAUCUAUAUGUGAUUUCAGGGAAGCCUGGCAGAUCUGGGAUUGUCCAAAGACUCAGGAGCAUGUAGAAGAAAGCAGAACUGGAUGGGCUGGUGGAUUCUUUGUUUCAGCACCAGUUUUCAGCUAUGAUGCCAUUUCAUACUACAAAAUAUUUAGCGACAAGGAUGGCUACAAACAUAUUCACUAUAUCAAAGACACUGUGGAAAAUGCUAUUCAAAUUACAAGUGGCAAGUGGGAGGCCAUAAAUAUAUUCAGAGUAACACAGGAUUCACUGUUUUAUUCUAGCAAUGAAUUUGAAGGUUACCCUGGAAGAAGAAAUAUCUACAGAAUUAGCAUUGGAAGCUAUCCUCCAAGGAAGAAGUGUGUUACUUGCCAUCUAAGGAAAGAAAGGUGCCAAUAUUACACAGCAAGUUUCAGCGACUACGCCAAGUACUAUGCACUCAUCUGCUAUGGUCCAGGUCUCCCCAUUUCCACCCUUCAUGAUGGCCGCACUGAUCAAGAAAUUAAAAUCCUGGAAGAAAACAAGGAAUUGGAAAAUGCUUUGAAAAAUAUCCGCCUGCCUAAAGAGGAAAUUAAGAAGCUUGAAGUGGAUGAAAUUACUUUAUGGUACAAGAUGAUCCUUCCUCCUCAAUUUGACAGAUCAAAGAAGUAUCCCUUGCUAAUUCAAGUGUAUGGUGGUCCCUGCAGUCAGAGUGUGAGGUCUGUAUUUGCUGUUAAUUGGAUAUCUUAUCUUGCAAGCAAGGAAGGGAUGGUCAUUGCCUUGGUGGAUGGCCGAGGCACAGCUUUCCAAGGCGACAAACUCCUGUACGCAGUGUAUCGAAAGUUGGGUGUUUAUGAAGUUGAGGACCAGAUUACAGCUGUCAGAAAAUUCAUAGAAAUGGGUUUCAUUGAUGAAAAAAGAAUAGCCAUAUGGGGCUGGUCAUACGGAGGUUAUGUUUCAUCACUGGCCCUUGCAUCCGGAACUGGUCUUUUCAAAUGUGGGAUAGCAGUGGCUCCAGUCUCCAGCUGGGAGUACUACGCAUCUAUCUACACAGAGCGAUUCAUGGGUCUCCCGACAAAGGAAGAUAAUCUUGAGCACUAUAAAAAUUCAACUGUGAUGGCAAGAGCAGAAUAUUUCAGAAAUGUAGACUAUCUUCUCAUCCACGGAACAGCAGAUGAUAAUGUGCACUUUCAAAACUCAGCACAGAUUGCUAAAGCUCUGGUUAAUGCACAAGUGGAUUUCCAGGCAAUGAUUCCUUCAACAUUGCCAAAUAGAAUUUGAUGGAAAUCAAAUCAGACUUUUGAAUUCAAGCUCCUUUUAAGAAACACUUCAGAUUUGGAAAUGUUCCUGUUUUAUUUCCCUUUUUAGCAUCAAUAAUGAUAACUGCCUUUGGAUUGCUAAACUAACCAAAUUAAAACAAAAGUAAAUAAAUAAAAUGGACAUCAAUAACUACAGAGGAAAUUUUUCUUUGAGAUUUGGGAGGAUGGGUGUAAUGUUACAUAUAAAGUUCAUUUUGGAAAACAAAUGCCAACAUGCCCACAAUCCCAAAAGUAAUGCUUUGCUAGUAACUGUCACCAUCCAUUAGAAGCAAUGGGCAGCUUGCCACAUCUGUGAUUGCAGCAGAAUUAAAAAGAUCCACACUAGGUCACCAGAAGACACUUCUUGAAUGAAUGUUGGAAGUAUCCAUCAAGUCACCAUUUAGAGGACUUUUCAUUGAUAUGCAAUCCAGCAUGGGUCUGCCCUGGAUCAUUCCUCUUCAUUCCUAGCUGGAUUCUUCCCAACUGCCGCCAGAAUACCGUCAUGCAUUUGCUCAUGUUCUACAGCCAGAAGAACCAAUCCAGGCAUGGGACAUCAUAGCAGCAAAGGGCCUUACAGAUCGUCAUCCAUAGUCUCCUCUGAAGUUUUCAGACAUAUCUCUAGGCCCAGCAUUCCUCCACUACUGCUCUCUGAAACCAUGCUACCCCACUCAGGUCAGGGGGCCUGGACCACACUUUCACAGAUUCAGAAGCAGUCCCAGCCCCUCAUCUUUACCUCCUUGCAAGGGCUGAUGCCCUGAGAACUGGAGGACGCCACUACUUUCUCUCUCUGUUCUCCAGAGAGUAGCCUCUUAAGCAAGCCCAAGGACAGCCUCAUAGCUUUGUCAUCAUUCACUCUUCAACUUUGGAGAGGAGAAUAAACAACACUUAGUUCUUAAUAUUAUAUCUAGGGGGACAAUAGGGUAAUCACAAAUGGGAAGAAGGUCAAAAGUCUUUGCACCCCAGCCUGUUUUCUACCUUCAUGGAAUUUACAAAGCUGUAUUCUAGUAUCAGUGUGCAGUGAGCAGUAUCCAGCCUCCAUCCAUUGCUCCCAGAGCCACAGAGACAGCUUCUAAGAGACAACUAUAAAUGCUCCAUUUUCCCACUUGGAAACCUCCAGAGACCCCCCAUUGUCUAAAAAAUAGUAUUCCAGCUCAAGUGCAUGACACACAGAACCCUUGACUCUCUGUCCCCAUGCAAAUUUUAUAAACCAUUUUCUUUACACCAGCCUCCUUAAGCAAAGAAUUUCCUUAAAUAUGCCAUGUUUUUCCACAUGCAUACAUACUGUGAAAUGUUAGCAGUGCUGCCCAGUGUGGCAGCCAUGACUCACACAAGGCUACCUAAAGAUAAAGCCAAUUGGCCGGUGCCGCGGCUCACUUGGCUAAUUCUCUGCCUGUGGUACAGGCAACCUGGGUACUAGUUCCGGUUGGGGCACCGGAUUCUGUCCCAGUUGCUCCUCUUCCAGUCCAGCUCUCUGCUGUGGCCCGGAAAGGCAGUGGAGGAUGGCCCAAGUGUUUGGGCUCUGCACCCUCAUGGGAGACCAGGAGGAAGCACCUGGCUCCUGGCUUCGGAUAGGCGCAGCACGCCGGCCGCAGUGCGCCGACCAUAGAGACCAUUUGGGGGGUGAACCAAUGGAAAGGAAUACCUUUCUCUCCCUCUCUCUCUCUCUCUCACUGUCUAACUCUGCCUGUCCAAAAAAAAAAAAAAAAAAAAAAAGAUAAA